AUGAGCAAGAAGAUGGUCAGGCGCGGUGAAGUCCUGGUGGGCACUACCGAGCCACCUCCGGGCUCAGCGGUGCCGACGAGCGCCGAGGGCGCGCCACUGUCGCUUGCGGCUGGCGAAGCGCGCGCUGGGGAGCCAGGCUGCGAGCGGAAGCGGGACGUCGAGCAGGUGCAGGCGGAGGUGACGUGCUCCUUGUCAGUGCCGGCCUGCGAUCUACUCCCCGAGACCCAGUGGCUCGACGGCAGGAUUGGUGCGAUCGAAGUUCGGCGAGGGCGGCGCGGUGGGCACGGUGGAGUUUUCUGCGCAGGGUCCGCGAGGGGCGCGCGCUGGGCCCGUCAGGUUGGCGACGGCGACGGCGACGACGGGCCGACGCCCUUCGAGGCCACGUGGCCCUGCGUGCAGGCGCCCGGCCGGGGUCCCCGGAGAUCGGCCGGGCGGUCCGUGCGGGGCCUCCGCGCCCGUGCUGUCCGGGAGCUGACUGUCCCAUGGCUCAACGGCACCGUAACGGGGGCGCUGAAUGGCGCCAACAUCUAA